CAUGGACAUGUACAUGUACAUACACCAGAUGUGGAAGCAAGGCGAUGUGUCGUUUGGCAAAACCGGACGCUUGCACCACGCACUCCUUUGCUUUAGUUUCCCUCUUGCAAGUGCAACCACCAUGCCCUCUCGUCUGCUACAAAUGUCUCCAUCUUGCGUCUUCUGAAGGCUACUGCUGCUGUUCAUGUUUUGAUGUUCUACUAACUGACUUGUGAAGAGACUGAAGCUACUGGAUUUUCUUGGGAAGGCAAGGGGAAGCUAGUGUGAUCGAUGAUGGAGGCGGCGAGGUUUGUGUACGAGCUGGAUCAUGGAGGAGAAGCGGAGGAAGAGAGCGGCAGCAGCCGCCGCGAUCUGCCAUGCUUCUUGGACAUCUACGUGCACGACGCGCGCGGCAUCCACAACAUCUGCAUCUACGCAGCCCAGGACGUGUACGCCAAGUUCUCGCUCACCUCCAGCCCGGACGACGCGCCGGCGCUCGCCACGGGCGUCGCGGCGGGCGGCGGCGCCAACCCGCGAUUCGACGAGCGCCUCCCGCCGCUGCCCGUCAGGCGGGCGCGCCUCGGCACCGACGUGCUCAAGUGCGAGAUAUGGAUGCGGAGCUGCGCCAAGCGGCUGCUCGAGGACCAGCUCCUCGGCUUCGCGCUCGUCCCGCUCGCCGCCGUCGCCGCGGCCGACGGCGCGCGGCUCGCGCAGGACUUCUCGCUGUCCUCCACCGACCUCUUCCACUCCCCCGCGGGAACCAUACGGCUGUCGCUCGCCCUCCACUCCGGGUCACCCGGCGAUGCGUGCCCGCCACCGGAGCGUGCCGCCGAGCCGUCGAUCACGUCGGAGGUGGUGAUCCUCGAGCCCGCUUCUCCGGUGGACUACGCGAGGAUCGAAUUCCCUGACCUUAACGCGGUGAAAGAAAACGACGACAUGGCCGUGCAGUACCUGCCGUUCUUGCACCUCGGCGACGCGCGGCCACCGGAGGCCAUGGAAGACGACUACGAGAUGGCCACGAGCCCGCGCGAGGAGAAGACAGUGUCCUCCGACGGGAGCAAGAACGCCUCGACGUCGACGACCUCCGCCGUCAGCGACGACAACAGGGUGAUCUCUUCCUCCGAGGCAACGCACAAGACGCAGCCCGACGCCGACGACGCCACCGCACCCAUGUCGUGCCGCUCGCCGGAGACACCUACGUCCAACAACAGCGGGAAGUCGUCGUCGGCCAAGGAGAAGGGCACUGCGGAAGACAUGUUCAAGUCGCCCCUGCGUGACAUCGACAUGGAGGCAGAGCAGAGCGCGAUGCAGCGGCAGAUCAUGGAGAUGUACAUGAAGAGCAUGCAGCAGUUCACGGAAUCGCUGUCUAAGAUGAAGCUGCCGAUGGAGCUCGACGGCGACAAUGGUGUCGUCGUUCAGAAGGAGGAGAAGCCGGAGGCAGAUGUGAAGCAACAGGUGAAGAAGGAUGGCGGGAGAGUGUUCUACGGAAGCAGAGCUUUCUUCUGAAGAAAAAUUUGCGGAGAGAGACAAAAAUGAUCUCUUCUUACAAAGGUAAAUGAGUUAAGCACAAAAUUCAGCGUGCAGUCUGAGAAUUAGGUUUAAUUUUGCUUGUUAAUUCUUAACUUAAUUUGUUCAUCAAAAUUGUAAACUAAAUCUAUUGCCGAGAGAGUAACAGAUGGAAUGGAUUUGUGUUCUGGUAUCA